AUGAGCCAGCCUACUUUCAACCUCUCUCCCUCCACUUCCUCCUCGACUGAACGAUCAGCUGCCGCCGCCGGAUUAGCGCCACUUAUUCAAGAGCUCAAAGCUGCCUGCGAUACGUGCGACAAGCAGACGUUUGCCUCGCAGCAAUUUCAUACCGCGACUGAAUCUUUGCUGCGUCUGCGUCAUACCUUCCUUGAUAACGAUCGUCCAAGGGAAGCCCAGGAGGCGUUCCGACAUCUUUAUGGCUUCGAGACACUACUGCAGCUCGCGAAGAAGCUCUCGGAGCUAUACGAGCCGACAGAGUUAUCAGCAGAAGAGAGAAGAACUCUCUUGACCCUCUACAAAGAUGCUUUGGCUGUCCUGGCUGAGAGCUUGAAGGGGAAUUUCGGGAACAAGCGUUACUUUGCGAAACGGAUAUCGAGCGGGGGUACAGCAGCUCUGCAGGAAGCACUGGACAUAAUAGCCCCAAAAUUUAACAGCGCCCAGGGUGAUACGGAACAAUUUUAUGGUGGCAUCCUGGCCGCGGCUCUCUGCCAGGAAGCGGUCGCUGGUAUCUUCACGACACUCAACACGAAGUUUCAAUCAGUCGAGGAACUGUUUCCGCAGGAUGUUAAGGCGGAAGUCGAUCGACGCAUGGGGAGCUCGGAGACCGUCGAGGUGCCCGAACUUUUGGGACCGUUUCUGAAAGCAUUCUUUGGCACCCCCCAGGAUUUGGCCAUGAAACUUGGAAAGGCCGUAUCGGUAUCACGCUGGUCCCUGGCGAAUGCAGUCCUCUUCGAGGAAGCCCACAGUGAUGAUAUGGUUGCUGUCUUUUACAAUCUGGGGCCUCGGUACUUUGGCAAUUUCCAAGAUUGCUUGGGCUCUUUCCAAACCUAUAAGGCCUCCGCGACCCUUAACCUGCGAAACGAGCACCUGCACCCUGGCAAGGAGGAAGCGUCAGAUAUUGUCACUGCGAUUCGGCGAAAAGCAAGCGUUCUGAUCCGUGAAGGGUCGAUCUUGAUUAACAUCUCACCCAUGUCCGUGCUAGAUGAUGACGAUAAUAACCACAUUGACGAGUCUCAGCUCGUCAAGAGUCUUUCAAGGAAAGCCAUCAAGAAUCUGCAUCAGUUGACGAAGGCGGGCGGCAAUGCAGUAGCUGCCAAUGGGGCCGUUCCCUCGUUGAACGACGCUUUGACGCAGGCUCAUGGUAUGGGUAUUCUGACAGGGGAUCCAGUUGUUUCAGUCCCUCAUUCACUUGACGACGUUAGUUGGCGCAUCGGAGGUUGUGCGGCGGUGCACUUGAGCUUGGUACACGCCGCUAAAACCACCAAAUGCUUAAUCCUUGCGGUUGAAGCGUUAUACGAAGCUGUACAGGACAAUUGGCGAAAUAGUGAAGCGAUGGAAAGGGAAAACGGAUACGGGAUUCUUGCAGCGAUACUUCGAGAUAAAUUUGGGCUGGGGAAUAGCUCUGCGACAAGUAAGGCUUCUAGCAUCUGCUCCAAUGUCGAGGAACAGUCUGCCUUGGGUCUUGAGCUUCUUCGACUGACUCUCAAAUUCGUUGGAUACGAUUUCGAGCACCCCAACCGAUCGAUAAUUACAAAUCCACUGGCCUACAGGGUGUUGCUCGUGGACCUUGACAUUUGGAGACCAGGGGAUUCCGCCCUACUGAGUUUGUACUACUCUCAAUUCACCACAUUCGCUGGUGAAAGUAACUUUCGUCGGUUCAAUGCAAAACGUCUUUCUCGCAUGCGGGUCAACAAGAGGUUACUGGAGGCGCUCAAGGGUGACGAGUUCUCCCCUGAAUCCCUCCGUCUUCUGAUUUCUGCUUUCCAAUCUCUCAUGGAAAGCUGUCUUUCUGCAGAGCUCUUCCGUUCCUUGGCUCUCUUCAUCACUUCUGCUAUUCAUAAGACCAGAGAACCGAGCAGACUCCAGAAAAAGAAGAGUUUGAGGUUCACCGCUGGUUCUCAGCAGAUUGCAGCAUCGGCUGAGCGAGGGAACUGCGUAUCAAGCACAAAAAUAGCAGUUGAGAUGCUGCGAAUGUACUCUUCUGUUCUCUGUGAUUCUCAUGACCUCAUACCGCUCAAGAAGUUUGCGCGUUCUGUGACGAACAAGUGGCUCCUGUAUCUCAUUUGUGAGGAUGAACCUGAAAUCGUUGCUCUUGCGACCAAGAUCUUAGCUCGAUUGAUAGUCAGCCAUGGUGAUGUUUACAGCAAGAAGUUCUCUGAGAAAACUGGAGGCUACAUCAUCAUGCGACAUCGUCUGAGAAGCUGGUGGAAGGUACCCGCCAUAUGGUGUAUUUGUCUCGGCAUUCUGUUUGGACUCGACGUUGGUGAUAUGAAGUUGAAUCAGCCAUUUAAUCGAGCAGGUUUGAUCGAGAUCCUAUCUUCGAAUGGCCAGCCCCGAGUUGCUUUUCCUGAAAUCCUCCCCGUACUCAUGGAGAUGAUGCAAUUGGGAUUACAAAGUGUAAUAUCAGUCGACGAGUUGUCUUCUCCUGGUGUCCAUGGCAUCAAGUCUCUGCGAGGGUCCCAAGUUCGGCUUGAAUCUCCUCCGGCGUCCUUGUCUACACGGGUGACUGAAUUGACAAAGCAAAUAUCUCUCUUGGACGCGGUUGUUGGGUUGUUUGCUGAUUUACAUCAGAAAUCAGCCGAUUUCCGGGACUUUGCUGCACAGUCUGAUUACAUUCAGUGGUUGCUAUAUGUGACAUUUCCGGUUGUUGUUGGUUCGAACAUUUCAACCUCAGAUUUCGAACUCAACUCUCGUGCUGCUAAAAGCAAUUCUCGUGAUCAUACUUUACCUGUUCGACCGCGUUCAAGUGGAACAGCAGGAUUGCGCACCACAACAGUUGAAGGGUCUAGCAGUCGUGAUGGACAAGCUGGCCCAUUGCGACGUGGAUCAUCUUUCAUCCUCGUUUCAUCGGAUAAAACCAAGUUCUCACCUUCCUUUGCACGUAUACAUAGAGCUUUCAUACCGCUCGGGCUCCCUCCUGACAUGGCAGCUACAAACCAUCCUCUUGUGCAAGCAAUCCUGAGUCUAGUCCUAUCUGUCUUCUGCGAUCAAUUGCUGGAGCGAAAGGACUUUUCUGGACUUGGGUUAUACCUCAAGACGCCGACGAGCUCUCUUGAACAACAAGCGUAUUUUAACUCCUGGAUAUUACGGAGUCUCCUUUCCAGACUGCGAGAUGUUGCACUUUCCAAACCGCAACUUCUUCUGGAACCACGAGCGCUUUCUAAUUUGGGACGUUUUGCAACCCAUAUUGGAGAAGCAGUAUAUGAGGGCUGGUUCGUUGACGGCACAACUCAUGCCCUCGAAUUUGCAGGCGCAAUCCUAGAAUAUCUCCAGCAGUCGGAUGUUUCAAGUUUAAAGAGUGUAAGGCUCUGUAGCCAAGCCGUCACAUCCAUACGGUCCACUCUGUUCCGUGUUGUUCUGCUCAAAUUAUCAGAAGUGGAUGACCAAGAGGCCUGUGAGUUCUUAAAUCGUUUGAGCUAUUGGCAAGUGGUCUUGCUUUCUGAAGGCGAAAUGCCAUCGGAUUACCUGCAGCUGUUGUGCUACCUUCUCUACACAAAAUUGAUCAGCCAAGAUCGGGACAUUCGCCUUGCAGCAGCGAGCUUGUGGAGAGUCAUUCUUGUGCAAAAGCCCGCUGAAAUGUCUACUAUUUUGAGUCAGGCGGCCAUUCCCUUGCAGAGACGACUCUCUGAUGGCUUUGAAGCACUUGUAGGCAUGGAGGACAAAGCUUUCCUACAGUGGGUCGAUGACCAUCAGGACGAUCUCAAUCCAAUGUUUCUCGGGUUGCUGUCCAGGUCAUGGGAGACUUUCGUCCAAGAAGAGAGCGCAAACAUUGACCUCUCAAGCCGUGCAAGAGGUUCCAAGCGCCAGGAGAAAUUGCGACAUUGGAAUCAAUUAGAGAGACUCAGUGAAGAAGUGACGCGUAAACACGAAACAACCUUUCCCCAUUGGGUCUCAAACAUAUCGGCGUCUGAGUUUCUGAAAUAUCAACGAGCGCUGCAGGAUCAGCAGGAUAACUCUGUAUUCAUGUGGACCGCAUUUUCUCACAUGACCAUGGAUCUAAGGCGGUUUGGAGGUGUUCUUUCAGAAGACAAGGAUAGGAAAUGGCGUCUAGACCAGACCGAAGGACGAAGCCGUAUGCGACUUCGAAUGGUUCCAGAUGAAUCUGGAGAACGGCAAGAUUAUCAACCGAAAAGGAAAGCAUCCGAACCCCCAGCUAUCAAAAUCGACACCCAGGCGCAACCAUCAUCCAACGGUAAUACAACGGGGUUGACACCUACGGUCUUGGCCGCAGAGAAUAUGGACAACAAUCAGCAGGAUGUCCACUCGGAUAGUAAAAGCGUCCUGGAAGAGAGCUUCGAGAUGAUCGAUGAUCCUAAAGCUGACCUCGAAGAGUACGAAGACAAAAAUAGAAAGGUGAUGCGAAGUCUGCAUCGUGGCGAUCAGGUCGAAAAUGUAUGCAAUAUGUCUCGAAUCAUUGGCUUGGAAGCAUGCGAGGGCCUGUUGAUCCUUGGCAAAGACAAUAUCUAUAUAUUGGAUAAUUUCUUUCAAAGGUCGGAUGGUGAGAUAGUGAACGUCUGGCAAGCACCUCCGGAUGAGCGUGAUCCCUACGUUCGCAUGAUUGCCGGCAGAGAAUCCUUUGAGCGUAAAACACAGGAACACGAAACCAGAAGCUGGAAAUGGUCCGAUCUGAUCAGCGUUUCCAAAAGACGGUUCCUUUUCCGUGAUGUCGCUCUCGAGGUCUUCUUCACUGACGGUACCAGCUACCUGCUGACGUUGAUCUCUUCGCGAGCCCGAGAUAAUCUAUGCAGCCAGCUCGCGAGCAAGGCUCCGCAAGUGACGGGGAGUGCUGGCCACUCGCGGCCGGAAGACGUGUGGAGAUUUGAAACCCUUCGAAGCCAGGAGGAUGCGCCGCAGUCCCUCGGAUCCAAGUUUGCCAGUGUCUUCGGUCACUCGCCUGUGCACCCGGCCACACGGAAAUGGAGCAAGGGCGAAAUAUCCAACUUCCAUUAUCUCAUGUUGAUCAACACGCUCGCCGGAAGGACAUUUAACGAUCUGACACAGUACCCAGUCUUCCCGUGGGUGCUGGCAGAUUACACUAGCGAGGAAUUGGACUUGACAGACCCCAAAACUUUUCGUGACCUGUCAAAACCUAUGGGAUGCCAGACACCAGAACGGGAGGCUGACUUUAGGGAACGGUACCAAGCUUUCGCAGAAAUGGGCGACGGGGACUCUCCGCCGUUCCAUUAUGGAACGCACUAUUCCUCUGCGAUGAUUGUCUGCUCGUACCUCAUUCGUCUGCAACCUUUCGUAAAAUCAUAUCUCCUCCUUCAGGGUGGAACAUUCGAUCACGCUGACCGUCUCUUCUAUUCCAUUGGAAAAGCGUGGGAAUCGGCCUCGCGUGGCAACAUGUCGGAUGUCAGAGAAUUGACCCCCGAAUUCUUCUACCUUCCAGAAUUUCUCGUCAACUCUAACAAGUACGAUUUCGGUCUCCUUCAGAAUAUGACAACAGCUAUCGAUUCUGUGGAAUUGCCGCCGUGGGCUAAGGGCGAUCCGAAGAUCUUCAUCACAAAGCAUCGGGAAGCGCUGGAAAGUCCUUACGUGACUGAGAAUCUGCAUCAUUGGAUUGAUCUCGUUUUUGGCUGUAAGCAGAAAGGGGAGGCGGCAAUUGAGGCAGUCAAUGUCUUUCAUCAUCUUUCAUACCAAGGGGCGAAAGAUAUUGAUAACAUCGAUGACCCUGUGGAACGGCUGGCCACAAUUGGUAUCAUACACAACUUUGGCCAGACACCGCACCAAAUUUUCACUCGACCUCACCCUCCGAGAGAAGAUACACGGCAUAAAGUUCCACGACUCGACCGCCUAGCUGAAUCGCUUACACAGCUUCCUCUUUCCCUGCUUGGUAAGGCUCCUGGUCUGUUGCGGUUCUGGUCUUGGGCGCUAAUGAUGGAUAAAGAUAUCGGAGAACAGGUUUCGACCUUGUCGAUGAAGCAUGACCGCUUGCUUUGUGCUGCUCCGCUCAGACUGAAUAUUCCGCCCAACUACGACAGAUAUAUGGAGUGGGGAUUUUUUGAUGGAAGCGUUCGGUUCUACUCUGCAGACAGCCGGAAGAUUCUUGGUCAUUUCGAGCAUUUACAUAUUGGGCAAUUGUCCUGUACGAUUUUCGCAGACUCCCGGACAUUGGUCACCUCGGGCACAGAUUGUGUUGUCUCAAUAUGGACAUACAACUCAACUGCCAAAACUGUAGACUUGCAGCCCGCAGGAUCUCUUUUUGGACAUCGUACCCCUGUCAAUGUUCUCGCCGUCUCACGCUCGUUCAGCGCCCUGCUUUCCGCCUCCACAGAUGGCCAGAUCAUACUCUGGGAUCUCAAUCAGCAUGCUUUUGUCCGAGAGCUCCCAGCUAGCGGCCCAGUUGAUUGUGCCCGGAUAAAUGACGUGACGGGAGAGAUUAUGGUUUGCCGCGGAAAUCGUAUCAGUAUCUAUACACUGAACGGGGCGCUGUUGCUCGACCAGGACGUGUGUGAAUCGAUUGACGACCGUGUCAUGUCCUGCGUGUUCUACGAAGGCGUGAAUAAUGAGUGGCAAGAACGCGAGCUCAUCUUCACAGGUCAUAGAAAGGGCGUUGUCAAUAUAUGGAACAAGAUUAUUUGGGACGGACGUUUUGAGUUGGAGCUGAUUCGGCAACUUCAUCACAUUGACAACAAUCGAGACAAUGGAGCCAAUAUCUCCGCAGGAAUCAGCUGCAUUCUGGCCCUCCCUCACGUGGUGUACACAGGUGAUGAGGCUGGAAGAGUGCCAGUACGAGUGGAAUUGCGUCCAACGCCGUUGAAGAUUUUCGCAAAAGAGGUACUCUACACAAUCGCUUCCUACUCGAGCAUGUUGAGCGACGAUACCACCGGGCAAUGA